AUGCUCGAGGUACACCGGCUGGUGACUCGAAGCCACCUCAGUUCCUUUGUGUGUUUCCUGGAAAAGCUCGGAAACCACCAAAGGCUAUUUGGUAAAGGUGUUUCAGCUCCUAAAGUCAAGGGGUCUACGCGUUUAAGCUCUGUCUGUAAGCGCUGCCUGGUCAUGAGCGCCACGUCGGUAAAGUCUUAUGAGUACGUCAUCCUCGGCGGGGGAAACGCCGCUGGUUAUGCUGCGCGCCAGUUUGUUGAGAAGCACGGACUGAGCGGCCACAAACUAGCGGUCAUAUCGCGCGAAUCUGUUGCACCAUACGAGCGUCCUGCGCUGUCCAAGGCGUACCUGACGGCGAACCCGCCGACGCGCUUACCGGCCUUUCACACCUGCGUUGCCGGCGGUGGCGCACCACAGACGCCGGACUGGUACGCCAAGAACGGCAUCGAUCUGUUGCUCUCCACCGAGAUCGUAGACUGUGAUCUGAAUUCGAAGUGUCUGACGGCGAAGGACGGCAGCAAAUACGGCUAUGGAAAGCUCCUCAUCGCAACUGGAUCGGACGCGCUCCAUCUCGACGAGCUAGGCAUGCAGGGUGCACACCUCGGCGGCAUCCACUACCUGCGAGAAAUUGCUGAGGCCGACAAACUCUACGAGGCCAUGAAAGCGUGCGCUGGCAAGCAUGCAGUUGUUGUGGGCGGAGGCUACAUUGGGCUUGAGUGCACUGCAGCGCUGGUCAUCAACGGCGUUCGUGUGACGAUGGUAUUCCCGGAGCCGCACGUGAUGGCACGCCUGUUUACUCCGGAGAUUGCAGCACAUUAUGAACGCAUCUAUGCGCAGAAAGGAGUGAACUUCAUCAAGGGCACCGUCGUGGAUUCUUUCGCUGACGAGAACGGAAGCGGUCAAGUGAAGUACGUGCGCCUGAAGAAUGGCCCUGUGCUCGAGGCGGACCUCGUCGUGGUAGGUGUCGGUGCCAAGCCUCGGACAACGCUCCUUGAGGGGGCAUUGGCGAUGGAGGCUCGCGGGAUCAAAGUCGACGGACAUCUACGCACCUCGCAUGCUGAUGUGUUCGGCGCUGGCGAUGUGAUCACCUUUCCCCUGAAAAUGUACGGGAACCGCAUGGCACGGGUGGAGCACGUGGGUCACGCCAGACAGUCCGCCAUGCAUGCAGUGGAUGUAAUGAUGGGAGCCACCACGGAGCCGUAUGACUAUCUGCCUUUCUUUUACAGCAGAGUUUUUCACCUGUCAUGGAAGUUUUGGGGAGAUACGCCGGCGCAAGCAAAGACGAUUGUUGUUGGUGAAAUGAACCCAAAGCUUGUUGCAGUUUGGAUUGAUCAGGACGGUCAUGUUGUUGGAACUUUCAUUGAGAGCGGCACUGAGCAUGAUGAGAAUAAGCUCAAAGAAUUGGCACGUACGCGUCCCAAGGCGAACGUAGCACGCCUUGAGGAAGCGGCAGCGGCAAAUGAUGUCGACGGGUUUCUCAAUGCCCUGUAA